CCGGGGUGGGGGGAACCCUGCAGAAUAGCGGCCUCUGCGCUUUUCACAGCAGCCUCUGUUUAAGAUGAUCCAUGUCAGUCGAGCCCUUUCAUCGUUAUUUUCCCUAGGAGAAAAAUUCAGCUUCGCGCGGCUCCUCAAGCAGCAGGCGAGCUCCUCGAUACAAGUCCAGAAGAGACCGGCGCACUCGGUGGCCCUCAUCGGAGCCCCUUUCUCCAGGGGGCAGAAAAGAAGAGGAGUGGAUCACGGUCCCUCAGCCAUAAGAAAUGCAGGGCUGGUGGGGAAGCUGACUGGCAUGGGUUGCCAGGUGUAUGAUCUUGGAGAUUUAAAUUUCACCCAGGUGCCCAACGAUGAUCUCUACAACAACCUAAUCAUAAACCCACGCUCCGUGGGAUCAGCUAGCCAAGUUCUGGCAGACACGGUGAAUGGAGCUGUUGCCGCUGGUCAUAGCUGUGUAACCAUUGGAGGAGAUCACAGUUUAGCGCUUGGGUCAAUCAGUGGUCACUCAAGGCAGUACCCACACCUAUGUGUGAUCUGGGUUGAUGCACAUGCUGACAUUAACACUCCACUCACAACCCCAUCAGGAAAUCUCCAUGGACAGCCAGUCUCAUUCCUUUUAAGAGAACUUCAAGAUAAAGUGCCGCUGCUUCCUGGAUUUUCCUGGCUAAAGCCCUGCCUUUCACGAUCAGAUAUUGUAUAUAUUGGCCUCAGAGAUGUUGACCCUGCUGAACACUAUAUCUUGAAGAACUAUGGCAUCCAGUAUUUUUCAACGAGAGAUAUUGAUCGUUUGGGAAUCCACAAAGUGAUGGAAAGAACAUUUGACCACCUUCUGGGCAGAGGACAAAGACCAAUCCACCUGAGCUUUGACAUUGAUGCCUUUGACCCAACUCUGGCUCCAGCAACAGGGACUCCUGUCUUGGGUGGAUUAACAUAUCGUGAAGGCAUGUACAUUUCAGAGGAAAUACAUAACACAGGCCUGCUUUCAGCCAUGGACCUUGUAGAAGUAAAUCCACUGCUUGGAGAUUCACAGGAGGAAGUGAAUGCAACAGUUAACCUUGCAGUCGAUGUGAUUGCUACAUGCUUUGGGCAGACAAGAGAAGGAGCGCACAUCAUGUUUGAUGAUCUCCCAACACCCAGUUCACCCGAUGAAUCUGACAGUGAAGAGCAAGUACGGAUGUAGGACCUUCAAGGAUCAACAGAUGCUUCAAAUGGGCAUUAUGUACAGAUCUGCUGAUCUACUCAAAUGGACUGGCUAAAACCCAACUAUACCACACUCUGAAGUGUUCACCAGUUUUGGAGAGACUAGUUACUUUUCCCACUGCGUGACCAAACCGCUGUAUUACAAGCUAGACAACACAUCGGCUUAGGUGAAUGUUUAUUACUUUGCAAUUAUACAAAAACUUACCAUCCCCUUCACUGCCCUCUGUCUUUCUUUACAGAUACAUUUCCUCUCAGUAGCCCUGCAGCAUUCUCAAACGAACAUGCUGUUAAGACUUGACAACACACCAGUAUUGUCCUUCAACUGUAGUAAAUAUAAUCCACUCCUUUCAUUGCUGAAGAGCUGUUCCUUGGCAAUGAUUGUAAUACAGUCGUUAAGAUAGAUGGAAGCCCUGAAAACAGCUGUGUGUGUGUCAAGAAGAUUCACCUGAAGAAUUUGUAGUAUACAACACCUCCCAGAAUGACUAACUCCAAAAUGAUGAUAAAGGAGAGCAACAGUUUGUUUGUCAUAACCCUAGAAGGAAAGAUAAGACAUGAGAUUUAUUUGGGUUUACAAAAAAUCUUAUUUGCAUUUAAUGUUGCCCAUGGAGAUUAUUCUCACUUAGAUGAGACAGAAGCAUCAUUUCAUAUUUAGACAGUGAAAGCUAUUGUGUAUUUACGCAUAAGAAAGUCUGGGACUUAGUCCCAGGUGAGUGCAUAUAGGAUUGUAUCCCAUGUUGAGGAAAUAAUAAAAGGGAAGAGUAGCAAGAACUUAUAUUUGAGUUCAGCAAAACCGGCACUGUUCCUGGGAUUCCUUAUUAAAAGCUAACUUAAAAUCACAUAAAUGUAUUAGUAUCUGACUUAAUAUCUAAACAUUCAGGAAAGCAGCAAUUAAAAUAAGGCAACACCUUGAAAAGCUGGUGACAAUUUUAAGGAAAUAUUGAUUGUCACAAAAAAAGAUACCGAAACAAAUUUGUAGCAAGAUAAAAGCUCAGUUCAGAUAUCACAGCAAACCAUGAUUCACUGCAUCUGUAGUUGAGUUUAUACUGCAUUUUUGCUUGCUUACAUCAUCUGAAAGUUAUGUGAUACUACCCCAAACAGCUCUUCCCUGCUGUACUGCUGGGAAAGUAGCACCACAUUCUGCUUUGUUAUCACCUGAUGGCAACCCCAAGGCAGCAGUGUAUCUAAUGCCCACUCAGAAACUUUCAGGUUGCUUCUGUGCAAUUGUGCAAUAUGUUCUCUCCUCAUUCAGCAUUCUGCCAAAAAAGUUUGUCCUGAAAUGAGCAUAAAACAUCCUUUGAUUUUCAGGAACAUUUUCCCAUAACCUUCACUCCCUCUCCCUUUCCUAUAAGCAUGAAGUACUUAUAUGCAGUUAUGUAGUUAGCCAAAUAAUGGGCCAGAAACUUCUGAAAAUAUCUGGAGUAUGCACCAUAGAGAGGAAUAGGCAUGCUUCACACCUAAUUGUGGCUGUUAACAGACGUAUCUUGUAGUUCAGCAAGAGAACACAACAGAGAGUCACUUUCUUCUGGAAUACUGUCUUGGAUAUGUUUCCCUUUGUACAGUUAGCUCAAUAAUAAUAAAAAAAUGUUUUCUGAGUGCAUUCA